CUGAGCUCUAUUCAAACUUUGGAGCCAGGUCAGUUUCCACGAUGCGGAGCGGAGCGGUCCCCCGGGCGGCCGCUGCGGACCACGGCGCCCGCUGAGUCCCUCACUGCGCCGCCAGCUGACCCGGAACCGCGCCGCCAGGCCUCCGCCAGCGUCCCGGGCCGGAGAGGAGUCGCGUGUCGCCGCGGAGUGGGACAGGACCGGACCGGACCGGACAGCCACCAUGUCCGGGCUGGCCCUCCAGAGCGGAGCCCUGCAGGACCUGGACGAGUGGGACAUCCUGGACCCGGCGGUCCAGCAGCGCCUGGACGACGCCCGCACGCUGCUGCGGCAGGAGAUCCAGCGCGAGCUGAAGAUCAAGGAGGCGGCGGAGAGGAUGAGGAGGGCCGUCACCAGCCGCAAGAGCGCCGCCGAGGUGGACGGCCAGGUCCGGGUGUCCAGCCGCAAGCUGGACCAGCUGCACUGGGAGCUGCAGGAGCUCAACGCGCGGUGCAUGGCCACCGAGAGGGACGGCGCCGCAGGCUCCCAGGUCCAGGUGGAGAGCCGGGCGGCAGACUCGUGCCAGUGGGUGGAGGUCACGUCGCCUCUGUCCAGCCGGAUCAGAACCCUGCAGAAACAGCUGACCAUGGAGUCCAAGGUGAAGCAAGGCGCCGAGAACAUGAUCCAGACGUACACCAACGGAUCGGUCAAGGACAGGAAGAUGCUCUCCACAGCGCAGCAGAUGCUGCAGGACAGCCGCACCAAGAUGGAGCUGCUGCGCAUGCAGAUCAUCAAAGUGAGCCAGGCCCGAGACGGAGCGCGGGGCGCCGCCAGCGGCCCGGCCGUGGAGCUGAUCAGCCCUCUGGAGCUGCGUCUGGCGGAACUCCGGCACCACAUGAAGAUCGAGGCGGCCGUGGCAGAAGGAGCCAAGAACGUGGUGAGGAAGCUGAGCGGGCAUAAAGUCCAGGACCGCCGGAUCCUGGCAGAGGCCCAGGCCCAGAUGCAGGAGUCCUGCCAGAAGCUGGACCUGCUGCGUCUGUCCCUGGAGAGGCGUCUGGCGGAGCUUCCUGGGGACCACCCGGCUCGCGGCCUCAUCCGGGAGGAGCUGGCGGCCGGAUGCUCGCCGUCUGACGGCACGCCGAAGAAACGGUUUGGCUCUCCGGCUCCUUCGUCGUCCUCGUCCUUCUUCAAACCGGCCAGUCUCACAGGCCGGCUGGAGGUGUGUCUGAUGGGCUGUCAGGACCUGCUGGAGGCGGUCCCCGGUCGCUGCCGUGACCCCCCUGUCCCCACGACCCCCGGCCACCCCUCAGACGGCAAGUCUCUGAAGGCCAGGGCCGGCCUGUCGGGACGCAGCGCCAACGGGAAGACCGCCAAGGCCGAGGAGCUGUCCUCGGAGAUCAGCGCCGUACUGAAGGUGGACAGCCGGAUCGUGGGGCGGACACACUGGAGACAGCUGGCCAAGGAGGCCUGGGGACAGAACUUCAGCAUCGAGCUGGAACGGUCUCGAGAGCUGGAGAUCGGUGUGUACUGGAGAGACUGGCGGGCGCUGAGCGGCAUCAAGUUCCUGCGGCUGGAGGACUUCCUGGAUAACCAGCGCCACGGCAUGUGUGUGGCGCUGGAGCCCCAGGGCCUGCUGUUCAUCGAGGUGACCUUCAUCAACCCCGUCAUCGAGCGGCGCUCCAAGCUGCAGAGGCAGAGGAGGAUCUUCCCCAAGGAGAAAGGGAAGAACUUCCUGCGUGCGGCUCAGAUGAACAUGAACUUCGCCACGUGGGGCCGCCUGGUGAUGAGCAUUCUGCCGCCCUGCAGCUCCCUGGAGUCCCUCAGCCCCCCGCUCCCGGGCCCCGGCGGCGCCGGCCCCUCCUCGUCCGGCGCCUCUCCGGCGGGAGACGCUGCUGUUGUGAGUCUGAACUUCAGUGAAGAUCCGCCCAGCAGGCCUCCGCACGGCGGCGGCGUCCGAGGAGUCGGCACGGACCCUCCGCCGAAGAGUCCCAGGCCCCAGAGACAGCCCUCCGUUCAGCCCCGUCCACAGCGGAAUGCAGGACUCCAGAUGGACGACUUCAGGUGCAUCUCCGUCCUGGGAAGAGGUCAUUUCGGCAAGGUGCUGCUCGCUGAGCACAAGAAGUCCAGAAAACUGUUCGCCAUCAAGGCUCUGAAGAAAGGCGACAUUGUGACGCGGGAUGAGGUGGACAGCCUCACGUGUGAGAGGAGGAUCUUCGAGGUGAUCAACGCCUCGCGCCAUCCCUUCCUGGUCAACCUGCACGGCUGCUUCCAGACGGCGGACCACGUGUGCUUCGUGAUGGCCUACUCUCCCGGAGGAGACCUCAUGACCCACAUCCACAAUGGCAUCUUCACUGACAAGCAGACCCUGUUUUACGCCUCCUGUGUGCUGCUGGGUCUGGAGUUCCUGCAUCAGAACAAAAUCGUUUACCGGGAUCUGAAGCUGGACAAUCUGCUGAUGGACGCCGACGGCUUCAUCAGGAUAGCCGACUUCGGUUUGUGUAAAGAAGGGAUGGGCUAUGGCGAUCGCACCUCCACCUUCUGCGGCACUCCAGAGUUUCUGGCUCCAGAAGUGCUGACGGACAACAACUACACCCGCAGUGUGGACUGGUGGGGGCUGGGGGUCCUGGUCUACGAGAUGCUGGUGGGGGAGUCUCCGUUUCCAGGCGACGACGAAGAGGAAGUGUUUGACAGUAUCGUCAACGACGACGUGCGCUACCCGAGCUUCCUGUCUCCGGAGUCUGUGUCCCUCAUUCAGAAGCUGCUGCAGAAGGAUCCUGACCUGAGGCUGGGAGCAGGGAAGGACGACGCCUCGGAGAUCAAGAGACACAGAUUCUUUCAGGGAAUGAACUGGGAAGCCCUCCUGGCCAAGAAGGUGAAGCCCCCCUUCCUGCCGGUCAUCAGGUCGCCGCAGGACGUCAGCAACUUCGACAAGGAGUUCACCAGCCUGAAGCCGGUGCUCACGCUGCCGCGCACGCCCUGCGUCCUGACCGCCCAGCAGCAGCAGAUCUUCUCCGACUUCGACUUCUCCUACAUGAGCUGACGGACGAUCCGUCGGGCCUGAACACACACUCGGUGCAAUAAGGACGUUUACCAGCUCCGGCCGUCUGAAUGAAGACAAUGUUCUGUAGUGACCCUGACCCGGAAUGCAGAUGUCUGUUAGCUGUUAAAAUGUGUUUUUAUAAUCGUGAAGAUUUUGCUGUUUGAAGAAUAGAAACUACAUGAAGGUCAAUAUUAAUGAAUAAAUGUUUCAAGGCUGGAUGUGGAGCAGGAAACGUCAUGGAACUUAUUUAUUGAUGUGUGUACACGGUAAAAAACAAACAUUGCAUGACAGUACUGCAUCAGUACACACUGGACGGUAGAAACACGAGUCUCAUGUCACGAAACACGUUUAUUGCUGUUACAGGGUUACUAUUGCACAGGGAAGAGCUCAGUGGAAAAGUAUUGCACUCAGAACUCCGAGCAGACGUACAAACAAUUCUGUACAUUAGAGAAAAAAAGCUUCCUGCACACCAGUGGGCCCAAACCCGGCGUCCCUCUGCCAAAACGAGUCUGAAGCAGGACUCGGGGUCAGCCUGGGGUCAUCAGGUCAAAAUGUUUUGAGGCCCGUUGCCACGGUAACCCUGAGACAAGCUGUUUUUGAGGUUUUCUGAUUAUUUCUUUCAAAAGCCCAGAGAUUUCUAAUCCUCACAUGAAAAACCAGACGCGUCUGGUGCAAGCUGAGAUGCUUUUAAUUUGAAAUUUCCUACCGUUUUAUAACUUGAAUCCAUCUUUGACACAACUCUGAAAGCUGUUCGAGAAACAUCAUUAAAGAGAUUAUAGAUCAGAGAUGCACUUCUCAGAGAUGACAGCAGGGAAGAGAACGUCAGGAAUAUCCCAGUGUAAUAGAACAGACCAGACCCAGAGGUCGGAGGUCAGCCUGCAGAGUCUCACUCUGUGGUGAGUAAACAGGAAACGCCUCAGAGGGAGCCGGGCUUGGAGGCCACUGCUGUGCAUCCUCAAUACACAACAACCAAGCUUCACACAUGGGAGCUGCCAGUGAUAGACUGUUGGACCCUGUUUGGCUCGGCCGGGCGGAGCGGCGCUCAGCAAACCACGCCAUACCCGUCCGGGCGGAGCGGCGGCUCACACCACCGCCCGAGCCGUCCGGGCGGAGCGGCGCUCACAACCACGCCCGACCCGUCCGGGCGGGGCUGGAUUGUCUACACAUGCACCUAAAAACACGCGGCGAUGCAUUAUUGAGCAGGCUGGGACAGUAACAGUCGGGUCCUCUGUCACGCUGACACUGGGGAUCUCUUUCAAGCAGCAACAGGCAGAACUUGGUCACUAUAGCAACCCAGUCCAGUCCUGAGGCUGCUGUUCUCCACGUGGGGCUGAAGUAGAACCAUCAAAAAAAAGGUGAAAAACGUCCUGAUAUUCUUACUGGUCUUGAAACGUUUCCAUGUCGAGCUUUAUGAUGGAAAGACGUCAGAUUGAGGAGAUUUUUCUUUGUGCUGCUUCUUGCUGUAGUUGUUGGUUAAAGGUUGAAAAAUUACACCCUGAAGAGAAGGUUGUGAGAAGCUUCCACUGCUCUGAAUGUUCUGAUCUUUUUGAAAAGCACUGAUCAGGUGA